AUGGCGAGCACGCAAACAGGUGCGCAGGCAGUCACCUCGGAAUCCGGUCUGCGGCUGCCCAGCAAUGGCAAGACCAUCUACCACCGUCCGCUGAACCGCUCCAAGGGCGGCGAGAUGAGCCAGGCGAGCUUUGCGUACUUGUUUGGCGAGAUGGUGACGUAUGCCCAGCGGCGCGUCAAGGGCAUUCAAGAGCUCGAGCAGAGGCUGAACCUCCAGGGCCACUCCAUCGGCCUGAAGCUCCUCGACCUCCUCCUCUACCGCGAGCCCGCGCGCACGCAGCUGCGGCCGCUCAACAUCAUCGCCCUGCUGCACUUUAUCAAGCAGAAUGCCUGGACGCACCUGUUUGGGCGGCAGGCCGACCGCCUCGAAAAGAGCAACAACCCGGACACGCCCGAGGAGUACAUGAUUAUCGACAACGAGCCGCUCGUGAACCAGUACAUUUCGGUGCCCCGCGAGAUGAGCCAGCUCAACUGCGCGGCGUUUGCGGCGGGCGUCAUCGAGGGCGUGUGCGACGGCGCCGACAUUCCGGCAAAGGUGACGGCGCAUACCGUGGCCGAGGGCGACAUGUGGCCGGGCAAGACGGUGUUUUUGGUAAAGUUUGCGCCAGAGGUUGUCGAGCGAGAGGCAUUUUUGGGCAAGACUUGA